AUGUUUGGCAAUUGUGACCAGAAGAAGAAGAUGCCUAUCAUCAGCUCUCCCAAUACCAAUCCACUGGCGAGUAUGCAAAGCAAGAACAUGAUCGUGGCUUCAUCUCAUCAGCAGCAGCAACAACAACAACAGCAACCUCAGCAACCGCAGCCGCAACUUAAAUGCCCUCGUUGCGAUUCCUCAAACACAAAGUUCUGUUACUACAACAACUACAGCCUCUCUCAGCCGCGGCACUUUUGCAAGGCUUGCAAGAGGUACUGGACGAGAGGUGGAACCCUCCGGAACGUUCCCGUAGGCGGUAGCUACCGGAAGAACAAACGGGUGAAGCGGCCAGCAACCGGAAACCCAACCACUGCCUGCACGUCUUCAACCACGACUUCCUCAUCCCCUCAUCAGAUCUCCCAUUUCUCUAUGAAUCAUCAUCCCUUGUUCUAUGGUUUAUCAGAUCAUGUGAGCAAUGGUAAUAACCUUCCAAUGAUUCCAAGUCGUUUCAGUGAUUCUUCAAAGUCUUCUUCAUCAAGUGGUUUAGAGAGUGAGUUUAUCUCAUCUGGGUUUAGUGGUCUCAGUGGUCUUGGAUUAGGGCUUACACAUCAUAUUAAUCAUGGCAAUACCAUUAAUGGUAGCUUCAUCAACAACUCUACAGCAAACAAACCCUUCCUUCUCUCGGGUCUAUUCGGGUCUUCUGUAUCUUCAUCUUCCUCUACUCUUCUCCAGCAUCCACACAAGCCCAUGAACAAUGGGGGUGAUAUGCUGGGUCAAUCCCAUCUUCAAACCCUAGCAUCACUUCAAGAUCUGCAUGUUGGAGGUAACAAUGAAGAUAUGAACAAAGAAGGGAAGCUUGAUCAGAUCUCUGGGAACAUGAAUGGGUUCAUGUCAUCAUCAUCUUUAGAUCCUUCAAACUACAACAACAUAUGGAAUAAUGCGAGUGUUGUCAAUGGAGCAUGGCUUGAUCCAACAAAUAAUAACGUUGGAUCGUCCCUCACCUCCUUGAUAUAA